AUGAACAAAGAAACAGAUUUAAGUAGCGAUAUAUCACUAGAUAGCUUGGAAAUUGGACAGAAAAAGAAUUCGUCAGCUAAAGUUAAAAAGUCAAGAGAGAACGUAGACACUAUUCUUGUUCCAUUCUAUGAAAAAGAUAUACUCAUAAAGGUGCCGAAAGGUAAUAAAAAUCAACCAAUAAAUAUUAGAAAAUCCAAAGAAAAUAAUGAUAAAUCUAAAAAUUCUCAGAUGAGGAGUUAUUUAAUGAACAAAUAUUCUAAGAAAGAUAAAAAGACUUCAUACUUAGAGGCAUUCCGUAAACAGUUUUCGUCAAAUUUUUCAACUGUGCAAAAUAAAAAUGAGGAUGAAAUAAGAUCUAUAUCACCAGAAUUUGGAGACACAGAAAGAGAAAGUAUUGAAAAUGGGAUAGACAACAAUUGCGAGGGUGAAUUUUAUAAUACAGAAUCAUAUAAUGAGAUAUAUUACGAAAAACUUAUGAACAGGGAGCUUAAACAAUAUUUUGACGACUUUAUGGGUGACGAGUUGCAAUUAAAUGUGGACAUAGAAAGAAAAUCUACGGAGGAUACAAAUAUCGAUAAUCUUAAGAGCGUAUCAGAAGUUUCGCAAGCACAGCAUCACGCUAGAAGAACGACAGUGCCUCCCAUACAAAAUGUACAUUUGGGUGGCUUGGGACCAGAUAUGGAAAAUAUUAAGCCAAGGCUAGAGCGAGCAAGAAGCCUUCAAAGAUAUUCAGAGAAAGUCAGAAUGGAAAACCGUCUCAGAAUUUACAAAAAGUCAGUAGAAACGGACAAAGAAAAACGAGCUGAAAGACUAACUUCCUCAAAACAGCGAGAAGCACCAGAAAGAAUAAGCAGGGAGCCAAAAGAAAAUAAAACGUCUUAUUUAGUGAACAGAACCGAGCAAGAAAAAUCAUCAGCUACGAAAAAAAUAUACAAAUCCAAAUCUGCUGACGUUCAAAAGAAACGUAAAGAAAAAUCCUUUAUGGAAAAGAAAUCAAAUAAGAAUGAUGUUAACAUUAUCAAGGAGGAAGAUAAACGAAACACGGAACCAAGCUGUAUGGAGUCUCCUAAAGCCAGUUCCAGAAUAAAAUCCAGUGCAAGAACUAGGACAAAACCGGAGGAAAAGCCAAAUAACUCUGAAGUAGCCCCUGUUCAUAUAAGUUUCUUAGUAAACGUUGGAGGAGUGAGACCAUCGAGUGCUUUAAGGGCAUUGGAAGCACAACAUCGCGUGUAUCAGGAAAAAGUUAAAGCGCUUCUGGAAACAAACAACGAAUAA